UCAACACCAUUUCGACAUCCAACAUUAAACUAUCUACCAAUCGAUCAAAAACCACAAGUAUUUGUUGAACAAGCAGAUUUUUUAUUGAAUAUAUUUCAACAAAUUAUUUAUCUUGGAAAAUAUCAACGAUGUAAUGGAUCAAGUAAAACUUCAAAUAUAUUAAAAUUAUCACAACCUAGACCGAUAUAUGAUCCAAAAUAUGAUGCUAUUCUAAUGAUUAUGGCACAACAAAUCACUGAACGUUUAUGUCCACUAUUGAAUUCAUCUUAUAUUAUUCAACAAUGUCUUAUUUCAAUGCUUCUAAAACUUAAUCAAGAAUCUAUUCAAGAUGAACAGAUUGAAAUAUCCUUAUGUCUUGAUUAUUUCUGGGCAUUUUUCGAAUCAAAUGAUUUAACUACAAUAAUAACUCAAUUAUUUCUUUCAUUAAAUAUUCUUUAUUUUUUUGAACCUAUACAAAUAAAUUUUGAUAAUCAACGACAAUAUUUAUAUUUAUUACAUUCAAUAUUAAAACAUGAAGAUACACGGAAAUUAUCAUUAGAAUCAAUAUUUUUUCUUAAAGUUAAAUUACCAUUAUUUAUUGAUAUAAAACCACCUGAUAGUGAUGUAUUAAAACAAAUCAUACCUGAUGGUUGGCCGACAAAGAAAUUAAAUUUAAAUGAACUUGAACGUGAUUUAAAUUGUUUACCGACAUAUCGUAAAUUAAAAGAUGAUCUGAAAUUAUUAGAAACUAUUCAAAUAGAAAUUCUUAAACUUUUAUUAACACCUUCGGAUGUUCUUCAACAUCCACCGUCAUCAAAAUAUUUAUUUAUAACAAAAUUUCGAAUAUUUCUCAAAGAAAAUCUCACUGAAUCACCUCUUCAUAAUUAUCAACCAGGUAUAAUAAGAAAUUUUUUUCAUCGUUUAUUACAAGUAUUAGAAUAUUAUUGGAAUCAAUAUCAUGAAAUCAAAUCAAUGGAUGAAGGUCGAGAAUAUUCAUUACCAUUUGAUGCAGCUUAUGUUCCCAGUCAAAAAUUUAUUGAUAAUAAUUUUGAUUAUUUUAAUCUACAAAGAUUAGGUGGUGUACAAAGUCAUUUAGAAAAAGAAUAUUCAGCUGAUCUUAAACGAGCAAGAUCUUCAGUAACACCACCGACACCUACAACUUCAUCAUUUUUAGCUCGAGCAUUUUCUGAUCAAUCAUCGAGAUAUGAUGAUAUGAGCGAUUUAGUUAAUGGACGUGAUCGUUAUCGACAUUCAUUAGGAUUUAAUUUAAAAUCACCGAAUGCUACUGGAUCUGAAAGUUUAACUGAAUUACUUGAUGGUCUUAUACUUCUAUAUCAUGUUGGUGUACACAAACAUUACGUUAAAGCUGCUGAAGUUGUUGAUAGUUUACGUGAAUAUACAGAAUCAUUAACAGAUAUUGAAAAUAAAUUAUUAAAUUGUCGGAAUGAUUGUCCUGAAAUUCGUGAAGAACUUAUUCGAUCUAAAAAAAUCUUUGAACAACAAACUGAAGAUUUAACACGUAAAAUAGCUUGGAUAACAAUCAAUGUUUUUUCACAAGUCAAUUAG